UUAUUAUUUUUAAUAAUUUAUUGUUAUUUAUAGUUGACUGUAUUACCGAUACAAAUUAUGAUGUUGAGAAAGUUAGAAAAGUUGUACAUUAGUUAUAAUAGACUGACAUAUUUACCACAAGCUAUAGGAUUUCUAAGAAAUUUAAGGAAUUUAAACGUAUCAAAUAACGAAUUGGUGUAUUUGCCAGUUAGUAUUUUUAAAUCUAAUUUCUAUCUAAAUAUUGAGGAUAAUCCACUUAAUUAUUCUCCGAGGGAAAUAGUGAUUCCAUUAAUGCCACAAAAUCUCUUUGAAUUUUCAGCCAGAAUAGUUAUAAAACAAUGGAGGCAAUCUGAUUUUGCAGGUGAAUUACCAAUAUCAAAGAAGAUAAUUAGACAUUUAUUUGAUAUGAAAUAUUGCGCCCAUUGUGGAAAUCCUUGUUUGAAUUAUUCUAUAAAAUCGUUUGGGCUAUACAGUACGUUUGAUCGUAUAUUCAUAUUUUAUGGAUAUAUGAACAAUUCUAUAAAGCGUAUUCCUUAUUAUCCAAAUUUUCUACAAGACUUUAUUUUAGUCCUACCUUGGAGAUUAUAUCUAACCAUUGAAUUUUGUUUUUGUUCGCGUUAUUGUUUGAAUUUAUUUAAUUCCUGAGUUCAUUUGCAUAUUGCAGAGUUGGAUUAACAAUCACGAUAAUACGAUUUACAAUAUAUAU